AUGCUUGGUCGACUCGGCAACGUGUCUGUAGUUGGGCACUUUAGUGUCGGGCUCAUCUCGUGCUUUUGCUACUCUGCUUUGGAGGAAAACACUCAUAAGUUGCCCUUUUUUGGUAGAUCUUCUUUAAAGCGUCAAGGUGUUUUUCUCAGAACUACUCCCAGUUCGGAUACAUCCCUAACAAUACCCAAUGUAAAGACGAUUUUGGCCUAUAGACGUGCAUUUCUAUGCUCUCUUUCCACAACACAUCGGUCCAUGCUCAUAUUCCAGCUGAGUCGUAUUGUGAGUUGUGGCUACAGGCUCUUCGAAGCAGGCCUCUUUCGAGGCGGUCGUCUUGAACCUUCCGUCUUUCCGACAGGAGUCGUCGAGUUCUCUGCAUUACCAGCUCCAUCAGACAUGCCCCUGUGGGACAGACGAAUUAUAUGA